AUAUAUAUAUAUGUCAUCGUAGAAUUUAUUGAAUAUAGUGAAUGAUUAAUGUUAAAGAGCAUCUGGUUUUCUGGGUUUGUGCUUCAGAAACUGAAUAUGGAGUUUUUAGGAAUACCCACUUUGAUUACUCUUCCAAUUGAGAAGAUUGUCUCUGGUGGGUUGAAAAUGUACCUGGUGGAGAGCAAAGGAGGAGCCAUAAUAUGCAUGCUGCUGUCUUUAUUCUUCUUAGGGACAUGGCCUGCUAUUUUUACUCUGCUAGAAAGACGAGGCCGUCUUCCUCAGCAUACUUACCUGGAUUAUUCCAUCACAAAUCUCCUGGCUGCUUUAUUUUUUGCUUUAACUUUUGGUGAGAUAGGGAAGAGCACACCAGAGAAACCAAAUUUUAUAACCCAACUUUCUCAGCUGAGUGAAAAUUGGCCUUCAGUCAUGUUUGCAGUGGGUGGUGGUGUGGUGCUUAGCAUUGGAAAUUUAUGCACACAGUAUGCUUUGGCUUUUGCUGGUUUAUCAGUGACAGAAGUGAUUACUGCUAGCAUGACUGUUUUAAUAGGCACAACCUUGAAUUAUUUCUUAGAUGAAAAAAUUAACAAGGCUGAGAUUCUUUUCCCUGGUGUUGGAUGCUUCUUGAUUGCAGUCUGUCUUGCUUCAGCUGUUCACUCAUCCAAUACAGCUGAUAAUAUAGCAAAGCUCAGAAGUUUGUCAAGUACAGAGGAUCUGGAAACUGGAAAUGAUACUGCAGACAAUGUGAAAUUUGGAACAGCAGACUUCCUUGUAGAGCUUGAGAAAAGAAGAGCGAUUAAGGUUUUUGGGAAGAGCACUUUGUCUGGACUUAGCAUAGCCUUCUUUGCUGGUGUUUGCUUCUCAUUGUUCUCACCAGCUUUUAACUUGGCAACAAAUGAUCAAUGGCACGCCUUGAAGAAAGGGGUUGCUAAGUUGGUUGUCUACACUGCAUUUUUUUGGUUUUCAAUCUCUUGUUUUGCACUUGCCAUCAUUCUCAAUGUUAUCUUCCUUUAUCGCCCAUUGCUGAAUUUACCCAGAUCAUCAGUGAAGUCUUAUCUGAAAGACUGGAAUGGCAGAGGUUGGGCGUUUUUGGCUGGUCUCCUUUGUGGGUUUGGAAAUGGUCUCCAAUUUAUGGGUGGUGAAGCAGCAGGAUAUGCAGCUGCAGAUGCAGUUCAGGCACUACCACUUGUUUCCACUUUUUGGGGCAUAGUUUUGUUUGGAGAUUACCAGAGAUCAUCAAGAAGAACAUAUGUAUUACUAGCCAGCAUGUUGUUAAUGUUUAUUGUAGCUGUUGCAAUUCUAAUGGCAUCAGCAGGGCAUCGAAAGUGAGCCCAGAACGUCAUAACAUGCCUGGAACUGUACAGAAAAUAGAUUAUUAAGCAGUUCCAUGGUUGAUCAGACAGUCAAUAAAACAAGUCAUGUAAAAUUUGUAAAUACACCCAUUGGAAGGGAGCUGCUUCCUAAUUCAAGAAAAGAAUCCUGGAUUUCUGUCUAUGAAAUUAUAAUAAAGCAAUAGUAACAGAUUGGUUUUUGGAGGGAGAAAGGUAGACAAGAACACUAAUAUUGGAAUUCUUGAAGGAUCUUCUGUCAGGAGUUGGUUUGUCUUGAUUUAUUUAAUAAAUCCUUGAGUAGAGCCCAUUACUGUGAUGCUUGUACUGGUUUAAUCUUGUUUUCCUCAUUUUCAUCUCUCUCUUUUACAUCACCAUCAUCACUUCUAUGCUUCUCAAGAACAGGAGAUUCAAAUGUUCUUAAAAAAUCUGAAACGAAAAGACAAACAUGGGAAUUCUCUUUA